AGCGCGACGAGCAGCUUUGGAGUUGGCUUGUAAAUGUAAUGGAGGGCGACGUUCAUGCUUUCUAGGUGGUAGCCCGGACUCGUGUGGUAUCCUAACAGAGCUGAAGGCACGAUGGCGGCGUACUUCACCGAUAGCAAGAAGGGCGAGGUGAAUGAACUUCGAAAUCUCCUAAGGAAUCCGGAGAUCCAGAGGGACCCGGCUCGCUACCGCUAUGUAGUGCAGAAAGUGAUAGCGUUCAUGACGCAAGGGAUUGAUGUCGCCCCGCUGUUCACGGACAUGAUUAUGGCCAGUGCCAGCAAUGACAUCAUUCAGAAGAAGCUGUGUUACCUGUACAUUGGUACGUACGCCGAGUCGCACAGUGAGCUAGCGCUGCUCAUCGUGAACACGCUGCAGAAGGACGCGCGCCACCAGAACCCCAUCGUGCGUGCACUGGCGCUGCGCAGCAUGUGCUCGCUACGUCUGCCCAGCAUAUCUGAGUACAUCCGGGAACCACUGUCCAAUGGCCUUAAGGACAAGUCGGGGUAUGUGCGUAAGACUGCGGUGCUCGGCUGUGUGAAACUGUACUAUGUAGACCAGCAGCUUAUCACAGAUCUCAAUAUCGUCGACCGGCUAUACAGAAUGUUACGAGACACGGACCCGCAGGUGAUCUGUAACUGUGUGAUUGCCCUUGAUGAGAUGUUGGCUAAUGAAGGCGGUAUCGUCGUCAAUAAAAGUAUAGCCCAUCACCUGCUCAACAUGCUGAAAGAUUUCAAUGAGUGGAGUCAAUCUCUGAUCCUGCGGGUUCUGUCGCGCUACAAGCCGGCCGAUGAGGAUGAGAUGUUUGAUAUACUGACUAUGUUGGAUGAGCGGCUGAAACACGCAAACUCUGGAGUCGUCCUGUCUACGAUCCAGCUGUUCCUGCAGCUGACGCAGAACAUGCCCGAGGUGCAGGAAGAUGUCUACGAGAGAAUCCGCGCUCCAUUGGUGACUCUGGUCCGCUCCGGCACGGCCGAACUGGCGUACGCGUGCUUGCAUCACAUGCAGCUACUCAUAACACGCCGGCCACGGCUGCUGGAGGCUGACUACAGGACCUUCUUCUGCCGCUACAACGACCCUCUGUACGUCAAGUGCAAACGUCUCGACCUUCUGAUUGACAUUUCGGCAGAGUCCAACGCUUGCCCAAUUAUUGAUGAAAUCAGUGCGUACGUGUCUGAUGUCGGUGUGGACAUGGCGCGGCGGUCUAUCCGUGCCCUGGGAAAGAUCGCCAUGCGCCUGGAGUCCGCAUCGCAGCACGCCAUGGGCAAGCUGCUGUCCUUCUUCACAAUGGAGUUUGACUACGUCACGUCGGAGACGCUGAUAGUGAUGCAAGACCUGAUGCGCAAGUACACGUGGAUGGCCGAGGCUAUUCUGCCGCAGUUGCCCAGCUGUUUGGAAAUUGUGCAGGACUCGGAGGGCCGUGCUGCCCUGGUGUGGAUGCUGGGUGAGCAUGGAGAGCACUUGGAAGAUGCACCGUACUUGCUGGAACACAUCAUUGACAAUAUUGCCACCGAGGAGUCGAGUACUGUGCGUCUUGAGCUGCUGACCGCAACCAUGAAACUAUUCUUCAAGAGGCCACCCGAGUGCCAGCUCAUGCUGGGCAGGCUCCUAGAGUAUGCAGUCGAUGAGGAAAGCAACAUGGACGUACAUGACCGUGGUAUGCUCUACUACCGUCUACUCAAGGCCAAUGCAGCCGAGGCAAAGCGCGUCGUCUGCUCGCCGAAGGAAGUCAUUGAGCAGUUUGCUGAAGACCAGGUCGAGGAGAAGACAGAUCUCCUUUUCCAGCAUUUCAACUCCUUGUCGGCUAUCUACAAACAGCUUCCAGAGUUGUUCAUCAGUAGGAUGCCGCCAUACACACUUGAUGAAGUGGCGCAGGGUAAUGCCCGUGGCCCUGACCUGGCAGAGCUACCGCCUGCAGACCCGCACAGUGAGGUUGUGCCAGCACUAGCACCGAUAGCGGCGGCGGCAGGGACUUCCGGCACACUUCUGGAUUUCGACCUAGCACCUGCAGCCUCCCCGGGCGGUGCUGGCCAUGCAAUAGCGGCGGCGGGUCCUUCCACUCAGCUCACGGGAGACUUAAUGGGUUUGCUGCAGGGCCCGACAGCGGCCAUCGACCUGGACCCAGACUUCCGCAUGAUGCCGCAAGAUUUCCAGCAGCACUGGGUCAAUCUUCCGGAAGGGGAGUCUCAGCGCUAUGACCUCGUCGUCGUGCCGACGCCGUCAGAGAUGGAGCAGACCAUGAUGAGCUGUCAAAUCGUCACCAUGGCGUCCAGCCCGCCCCAGGAGGUCACCAAGUUCUUUUUCUACGCAAAGCAGUCCACAACAAACACCAUGUUCUUCAUUGAGGCAACCAUUGACUCACGUUCAUCCGUACUGACGGCCGGCUUCAAGUGCACGGACGCCAGUUCCCUGGCACAGUUCCGCGAGCACUUCCGGAAGUCACUCGUGGGCAAGUGGAUGCCUCUGGAGAUUUAGGUGGAAAUUCACACCAUCAGCUAUUGCCUUCAGAUUCGAGAAGAGGACGGUGCAAAUUGCAAUAGACUCUGCUAUAGCGUAAAUUAGAUAAAAUCGCAUCAGAUUGAAGCUCUAGAUAGUUUUCUUGCGAAGCCCAAUCAAAUGGCUGGCUAGUACUUCUGCUUCCUUUCGGUUUGCAGCUUGUGUACAUAUUGAUACUGCUGGUCUUCUUUACCAUGUUUUUUGGCCUUCCAACCGCUGACGGGCUUGCUACCUCCACACAGCGAGCCGCUCUUGGCGGUUGGCUUGGCGCUGCCCGUCCUUACUUGCUGUAUAGUGCUAUGUGCGUGUGUAUGCGUGUAUGCAUGCGUGUGGUAUGUGAGCAGUGUACAGUUUGUGUAGAUAUGCACAUUCUGCUGAUGUGCAGUUUGUGUCUUACGGGUAUUAUGUAUAUUAAUUUUCUAAGUAUCUCUUUGCAGCAUUUUGCCUGCACAACCAUCGUGUACAUUUACGAAAAAUUUAAUCUACUUUUGAUUUGAAGUUUGCUGCUCAUUUUUUAACACAAUAUUCUCCUUCUAUUCGUAUUUUUUUACUCUGAAUCACUAUUCAAGAUUUGUUAUUUACUUGUAUGUACGCUAUGCAUGGAUUGUGCUUGUCGUGUCUAGCUAUCUUUCGUUGUUUUGGUACUUUAGUUGAAGUUUGUGCCAUGUGCCACUCGCUACCAGGUAUUCUGAUAAGUUGAUGCUGUGGUGGAUCUCUAAG